CCAAAGCCCUUGCCUGAUUCCGCUUCCCUUUCCCCUUCGGCGGCCGUCUCCGUCGCCACCGUCGCCGUAACCGUGCUUGGCGAACGUAAUCUUCGGAUUUGGGUCCACCCGAAUCGGAUAUUCCUUCUCAGAUUUGACGAGAAUAUGGGAUCUUCCCAGAAGAAAAUCCCGUUCCAUAGACACAGGGAAGCUGAGGAAGCAAGGAAGAAGAGAGAAGACGAUGAAGCUGCACGUGUUUAUGCCGAAUUCGUAGAGUCCUUUAAGGGUGAUAAUGCUCCAGGUUCGAAGACUUUUGUCAGAGGAGGAGUCAUUGAUCCCAAUGACAGGCUUAAGGCCAAUUCAGAAGGUGGAAAGUCCAAAGAUGGGGUAUCUGUUCCAAAGAAGGGAAGUAGGUAUGUGCCAUCUUUUCUGCCACCUCCAUCUCAUGGAAGAGAACUUGAGAAAAAGGAUGAUGAGAAACCUAGGGAGAAAGAGAAGGGGAAAACGCGUCAUAUUGAUAAGUUUUUGGAGGAGCUGAAGUUUGAGCAAGAACUAAGGGAGAAGCGGAAUCAAGAGCGUGAAGGGCGGCAUACAGAUACUACUGCUCCUGUUAGCCAUUUUGAUGAGUUGCCAGAUGAUUUUGAUCCUAGCGGCAAGUUUCCAGGUUCAUUUGAUGAUGGAGAUCCACAAACAACAAAUUUAUAUGUUGGGAAUCUCUCUCCCAAGGUGGACGAGAACUUUCUUUUGAGAACAUUUGGGAGGUUUGGACCCAUUGCCAGUGUGAAAAUAAUGUGGCCACGAACAGAAGAAGAACGGAGACGGCAGAGAAAUUGUGGCUUUGUUGCUUUCAUGAAUAGAGCUGAUGGACAAGCUGCCAAAGAUGAAAUGCAAGGAGUGGUGGUUUAUGAAUAUGAAUUGAAGAUUGGCUGGGGUAAAUCAGUAGCUCUUCCAGCGCAGGCACUGCCUGCUCCUCCACCUGGUCACAUGGCUAUCAGAAAUAAGGAGGGCAACACUGUUAUAAUAUCUGGACCUGAUGGUGCACCAGUUACUAGUCAAAGCUCCGAGUUGGUUCUUACCCCAAAUAUUCCAGACAUUGUGGUUGUGACUCCUGAGGAUGAUCACCUUCGUCAUGUGAUCGACACAAUGGCAUUGUAUGUUCUUGAUGGUGGAUGUGCUUUUGAACAAGCUGUAAUGGAGCGGGGCCGUGGAAAUGCACUUUUUGACUUUCUCUUUGAUCUUCGAUUAAAGGAACACACAUACUAUGUCUGGAGACUUUACUCCUUUGCUCAGGGUGACACUCUUCAGCGGUGGCGAACAGAACCAUUUAUCAUGAUUACUGGCAGUGGGAGAUGGGUUCCCCCUUCUUUGCCAGCUAAUCGAAGUCCUGAACAUGAUAAAGAAUCUGCUUCAACUUUUGCAGCUGGAAGAAGCAGGCGAGUCGAUUUGGAGCGGGCAUUGACAGAUCCUCAAAGAGAUGAGUUUGAAGAUAUGCUGCGGGCCUUGACCUUAGAGAGAAGUCAGAUUAGAGAAGCUAUGGGAUUUGCAUUGGAUAAUGCUGAUGCUGCUGGAGAGGUAGUUGAAGUUCUCACAGAAUCAUUGACUUUAAAAGAAACACCUGUACCAACAAAAGUUGCAAGGCUUAUGCUGGUGUCUGAUAUUCUCCACAACAGCAGCGCUCCAAUUAAGAAUGCUUCUGCAUAUCGUACAAAGUUUGAAGCUAACCUUCCUGAUAUAAUGGAGAGCUUUAAUGACUUAUAUCGCAGCAUUACUGGAAGAAUCACUGCUGAAGCUUUGAAGGAACGAGUUCUGAAGGUUCUUCAAGUAUGGGCUGAUUGGUUUCUCUUUUCCGAUGCGUAUUUGAAUGGAUUGAGAGCAACUUUUCUUCGUUCUGGGAAUUCAGGUGUUUUCCCAUUUCACUCUUUAUGUGGCGAUGCACCAGAGAUUGAAAACCAAGGUAAUCAGGAAGAAGGAUAUGAGGGAAGUAAGUCUAACCAGGAUGCUGCCUUGGCUGUGGGGAAGGGAGCAGCAACGAAAGAACUAAUGGGACUUCCUCUUCCUGAGCUCGAGAGGCGUUGCAGACAUAAUGGUUUAUCUCUAUGUGGAGGAAGAGAGAUGAUGGUUGCAAGAUUGCUGAAUUUAGAAGAGGCCGAAAGAGAGAGGGGCUUAGAACAAGAUGAUCAUACAAAGUAUGGGCAAAACCAGUUCUACAAAAACAUACGAGAUGAAAGUAUUCGGAAUGUUAAUGCUGGGUCAAGAGAAACUAAUAGUGAUAGAGAAAUGAGCCCCACAAUCCUUCCGUUUGCCAGGGAAGUGACUACACGGCACGACAGAGGCUCUGGUUCAACUGAGUCAGCAGUAGCUCUGGACCAUAAAGCAAAAUCUGAUCCUGUUCUCGCUUCCAAGUGGAAUCGAGAAGAUGGGGGUAGCGAUGAGGACAAGAGUUCUCCUGAUUUGGGUUUAGGCUAUUCAUCUGAGAGUGAGAAUGCUGGGGAUUUUCUCAAGUCUGGUGCUGAAGUGGACACAGACAAGGCGGUCCAUAUUCACCCUGACAAUUCUUUGAAUGAAGAGAAGAGACAGAAAUUGCGACGUCUAGAAGUUGCCGUUGUGGAAUACCGUGAAUCUCUUGAGGAACGAGGUCUCCGUAGUGCUGAAGAAAUAGAUAGGAAGGUAGCAGUUUAUCGUAGGCAACUUGAGUUCGAAUUUGGUUUAUCUGAUACUACAGAUGAUCAAGGAAGCAAGAAAAGUUCAUCAGAAAGGAGAUCCUCUGAAAGGAGAGAGAAAUCAGAUGAUGUCUAUGAUUCAAGUAGGAAACGACGUCGCAGCCGGAGUAUCAGUCCCGAAAGGAAAGAUAGAACCCGAGAAAGGCAUCGUGAAAAAGACAGGUCAUUUGGAAGUGAGAUUGGGAGAGAAGGUCCACGCGAGAAGAACGGAGGUAAAGAGAGGGAUGAUCAUCACAACCGUGAUAAGACAAGGGAGAGGGAGAAAGAUAGGAGGAGAAAUGAUAAGUGAUUGGCUCUCAUGCAGCAGUUGAUUUCCGGAUGACUGAUUGUUCUCUUCUCACUUGCAAUAUUGUGAUGGAAAGAGAAAAAAAAUAUCUGUUUGUUGAAACUUAUGUUCCAGGGAUGCAGAUAUGUUGGGGCACAGGAGGUGGAGCAGGCUUUUUUGUUUCUUCGAACAUUAGCUGGAUCGAUAUUAGAGAUUCUAGGAGGAUUACUCCCGUCAUUACCUGUAAGUUUUCGAGUUUAGACCUUUACUGGGAUAACAUAUUUGUAUGUCGAGAAUGGACAGGAUGUAGCUAAAUUUGUGGCAUGUGCAACUGUUGUUGAAGUUAUUUCAAGCAAGCAAUCAAUCAAUCAAUCUAUCUGGACCUUUGUUAAA